AUGUAUGUUACGAGGACUUUGUCGGACUACCGAACAAACAGGAAGGCUCCGGAAGGUCGAAACUCCGGCGUACUUAUAAUCCAAGAUAAAGAGUCAAAGCCAACAUGUUGCCUCGGAUCUUGCUACGCGCCUGGGCUCAAAGGCUUACCGUUUCCACAGAACGUGAAGCUGACUGUGAAAUACAACAUCACAGUUAAUAGCGUGACCACUACUUAUCGUGAUCCGGUCGCUUUCAUCCCCGUUCUUGAUCUAAUGUUACGUUCUAACUGCUACUACGCCAUUAAACGAAGCGGGAAACACUCAGGAGAAUCAUCGGCUAAUGCAACAGAGGAAGACAGAGACAGAGUCCCGUUCUGCUUUUGCCACCGCCAUGUUCCUGAAGCUGAACCACAGCACUCAGAUCCAUAUGACAUAUACCAAAAAAUCGAGAUCUAUCCACCAAAAUCGUUGUCGCGAAGUUACUUUGCAACAUCCGCUGGUAUUGGCUGGGUACCACCAGAGUUACUCGAGAAAAAGUAUUGGACCGUUGACUACUCGACAUCCGAUGACAAUGGUCUACGAGAUGAUGCGAGAGGGUUAUACAGACAUCGUUCUAAAUUUCCUACUAUUCUGAAUACAAACGUUUUGGUAGGGAAAUGGUAUGUUCCUUUCAUAUUCGUGAACGAAAGUAACGCAAAUGAUCAUCUUAAGGCAACUUAUUACCCCAUGUCUCUUUACCAAAGAUGGGAAGAGGUUUACUGUUGUGAGAACGCAUACAAAGACAACCGCGAGGUUGUAGUUACUGUUCAAGUGGAACCACUAGUUGUGAAGCUUGAGGGACACGAGACCGUAGAAGAUAAGAGAGGAAGUUCGGAUAUUGAAAAUAUGGUUGUGUGGUUUGAGGUUGCAAACAAGAGGUUAGGUUUGAAAAUUGCUGUUAUCGAGAGGAUGAAAAUGGAAGAGUUGAAUUUUGGGUGGGGGAGUGAUCCUCAAGAAACGAUGAUUGAGAGAUCCAGCAGAUUCAAUGGUGGCGAUUCGAAUUGGAAGAGCUAUAGAUUGUAUGUGUUGGUGGAGAGCUUUGUGUUGAAGAGAAGGGAUGUGUUUGUACUUGUGACAUAUGAGUUUUGA